UGGGGGUCCAUUGCGCUGUCACGCUGUCUGAGAGAUCAUAGGACCGGGAGGCCUGUCCCAGGCCAAGCAGGGUCCGGGGCCCUUAAACUCAGGGAACGUGUGUUGCCGUCCAAGGGCUCCUCAGUUCUGUUGGCCUGUCUUACAGUCCGGUCGCUGAUGGCUCACUGUCCCUAAUCUGGGAUCAAUCCCACGAUCUAGGGUCAGAAGUGGUCCUCAGACUGUGGUCGCUGAUAAUUGCACCCCUAAUCUUAAACUCUGUAUCUACCUAAACUGAGGUCUGUAUCUUAAACUCUGUAUCUACCUAAUCUUAAACUCUGUAUCUACCUAAACUGAGGAUUGACAGCCCCCACGCACCUGGGUCUCAACCUUAGCCUUCGCCCAAUGAGCUCCUCUGCACAAGAUGAGGCCUCCAGAGAAGCCCCCAGUGAAGCCCCACACCACAACUAUCAGUCCCUUCGUGUGACAGCUGCCCAGAGACACAUUCUACACGUACAGCUAAACCGUCCCGAGAAGAGGAAUGCCAUGAACAAGGCCUUCUGGAGCGAGAUGGUGGAGUGCUUCAACAAGAUAGCACAAGAUGCUGACUGCCGGGCUGUGGUGAUCUCUGGUGCAGGAAAGAUGUUCACUUCAGGUCUCGACCUCGUGGAGAUGGCUGGAGACCUCCUUCAGCCUCAAGGAGAUGAUGCUGCCCGCAUAAGCUGGUCCCUCCGUGGCCUCAUCACCAGAUACCAAGAGACCUUCAGCGUCAUCGAGAAGUGCCCGAAACCGGUGAUUGCAGCCAUCCACGGGGGCUGCGUUGGCGGAGGUGUGGACCUCAUCACCGCCUGUGACAUCCGGUACUGUGCCCAGGAUGCUUUCUUUCAGGUGAAGGAGGUGGAUGUGGGUUUGGCAGCGGAUGUGGGAACGCUGCAGCGGCUGCCCAGAGUCAUCGGGAACCAGAGCCUGGUCAACGAGCUGGCCUUCACCGCCCGCAAGAUGAUGGCUGACGAGGCGCUGGGCAGUGGGCUGGUCAGCCGAGUGUUCCCAGACAAGGAGGCCAUGCUGGACGCGGCCUUCGCCCUGGCGGCCGAGAUUUCCAGCAAGAGCCCCGUGGCGGUUCAGGGCACUAAAGUCAACCUGCUCUACUCCCGGGACCAUUCGGUGGCCGAGGGCCUCAACUACAUGGCCGCCUGGAACAUGAGCAUGCUGCAGACUCAGGACAUCGUGAAGUCUGUCCAGGCAGCGAUGGAGAAGAAGGAACUGAACAGCGUCACCUUCUCCAAGCUCUGAGAGCCCCCACGUCCCAGGCCCAGGCAGGGGUCUGGCUUUGCCCCACCUGGUGCCUGGGUUCCACAGAGAGGGAGGGUUAGUGAAGAUGGUCACCUUGCUGCCUUCUCAUCCAGUCGCCCAGUUUAUAACUUUAACCCUGAUUUCUUCAUGCCCAGGAUCAUACCUUCACCCCACGAACAAUAAAGCAAAGUCAAGAA